AGGGAUGGUAAUAGUAGGUAAGCCAAGGCAAGGUUCAGGUACAGUACCUAUAUAUCCUCCUACCUGGUCUACCAACAACAACUCCAUCUUCACACCUCAUCUACACACAUACUCACUCCAACACUACACUACACUACCCAUUCACCAACAACAACAACAACAACAACACCGGCAAAAUGCAGUACUUCACCCUCGCCUCCUUCGUCGCUCUCGUCUCUCUGGCCACUGCCGACGACGGCCCAGGUCCUACCUUCACCAUCUCUCCCUACGGAAACGGGGACACAGUCUGCAAGGCCUCCGCUCUCCUCGACCCUCCCGGGCAAUUCAUCGUUGGCCCAGGAGAUGUCGGCACUAGUCGCCAGUUGCCCUUGGACACUUCCGCCGUUGGCUUCUUUUAUGACCCCAACUCGUCGCCUGCUUACAAGAUUGACUAUUUCGUGAACCCCAUGUGCAACGGUCUCCCUGACUACACUGAGUACCCAACAAUUGGCGAAUCAGGCUGCUCGGUUCCUGCCGGUGCGCCAUGGACUUGUUUCCAGAUCAACGCUUACCCACCUCCAUCUUGAGGAGGAGAAAGGGGGGAGGGAGAGAGAGAGAGAGAGAGGAGGUAGAAGAGAGAGGAGGAGGGAGGAGAGAGAGAGUGAGUGAGUGAGAGAGUGAGGAGGAGAGAGA